GAGCUUCCGUCAAUGUGAGGAGGAAGUGAGUGAAAAGAGAAAACGGAGCAAUCGAGCGGAGCGGCCGAAGCGGGCGAGCCAGGGCUAAAAAACAUCACUCAACUCGUCUUGACUACCCGGGCUAACUUUAGCUACAUGUGCUGAGGUCGAGGGGGGAAACUGAUCUCACCUGCAACCAUGCCGACAGUUACUUUACCGCCGAAAGAGAACGCUCUCUUCAAGAGGAUCCUGCGAUGUUACGAACACAAACAAUACAGAAAUGGGCUCAAGUUCUGCAAACAAAUCCUGUCCAACCCCAAGUUUGCUGAGCAUGGAGAGACCCUGGCAAUGAAAGGCUUGACCCUGAACUGUUUGGGGAAGAAGGAGGAGGCAUACGACCUGGUGAGGAGAGGCCUGCGCAAUGACCUCAAGAGCCAUGUCUGCUGGCAUGUGUACGGUUUACUCCAGCGCUCGGAUAAGAAGUACGAUGAGGCCAUCAAGUGUUACCGCAAUGCUCUCAAGUGGGACAAGGACAACCUGCAGAUCCUCCGAGACCUGUCCCUGCUGCAGAUCCAGAUGAGGGACCUGGAGGGCUACAGGGAGACACGGUACCAGCUGCUGCAGCUGCGUCCAGCCCAGCGGGCUUCCUGGAUCGGCUAUGCCAUCGCCUAUCACCUCCUGGAAGACUAUGAGAUGGCAGCAAAGAUCAUUGAGGAAUUCAGGAAAACACAACAGACGUCUCCGGACAAAGUGGACUACGAGUACAGCGAGCUCCUGCUCUACCAGAACCAGGUGCUGAGAGAAGCAGGUUUGCACAAGGAGGCCCUCGAGCAUCUGUCCAACUACGAGAAGCAGAUCUGCGAUAAACUGGCAGUGGAGGAGACACGAGGAGAGUUACUGUUGAAGUUGGAGCGUCUGGAUGAAGCAACAGAAGUCUACCGCCGUCUGCUGGAGAGGAACCCAGAGAACUGGUCCUAUUAUCACGGCCUGGAGAAGGCGCUCAAACCAAGUACUGUAGAGGAGAGAUACAAAAUCUUUGAAGAAGCCUGGGAGAAAUUUCCCAAAGGGUUGGUGCCUCGCCGCCUACCCCUCAACUUCCUUUCUGGUGACAAGUUCAGAGAGUGUCUGGACAGGUAUCUGAGGAUGAACUUCAGUAAAGGCUGCCCGCCCGUCUUCACCACGCUCAAAUCGCUGUACAACGACAAAGAAAAGGUGGCAAUUAUAGAGGAACUGGUGGUCGGCUAUGAAACCUCAUUAAAAAGCUGCCGAAUGUUCAACCAGAACGAUGACGGUAAGGAGGAGCCUCCAACCACAUUGCUCUGGGUGCAGUACUUCCUGGCACAGCACUAUGACAUGAUCGGCCAGCAGACACUGGCUCUAGACUAUAUCAACACGGCCAUCGAGAGCACGCCCACGCUCAUCGAGCUCUUCCUCAUCAAAGCCAAGAUUUACAAGCAUGCUGGCAACAUCAAAGAGGCUGCCCAGUGGAUGGAUGAGGCCCAGGCUCUGGACACUGCUGACAGAUUCAUCAACUCAAAGUGUGCCAAGUACAUGCUGAAGGCGACCAUGAUCAAAGAGGCCGAGGAAAUGUGCUCCAAGUUCACCCGGGAGGGAGCGUCCGCAGUGGAGAACCUGAACGAGAUGCAGUGUAUGUGGUUCCAGACUGAGUGCGCGCUCGCCUACAAAGCCAUGAACAAGUUUGGAGACGCCCUGAAGAAGUGCCAUGAGAUUGAGAGGCAUUUUGUGGAGAUCACGGACGAUCAGUUUGAUUUCCACACUUACUGCAUGCGGAAGAUGACGCUACGCUCAUAUGUGGACCUGCUGAAGCUGGAGGAUGUGCUCCGGAUGCACCCGUUCUACUACAAGGCCGCAAUCACGGCCAUCCAGAUCUACCUGAGCCUCCACGACAAUCCGCUGACGGAUGACAGCAAAGAGCUGCAGGCGGACACUGCUAACCUGUCGGACAAAGAGCUGAAGAAGCUGAGGAACAAGCAGCGAAGAGCCCAGAAGAAGGCCCAGCUGGAGGAAGAGAAGAAGAAUGCGGAGAAGGAAAAGCAACUCAAGAACCAGAAGAAGAAGAAGGAGGAUGACGACGAGGAGAUCGGAGGGCCCAAAGAAGAGCUCAUUCCUGACAAGCUGGUGAAGGUAGAAAAUCCACUGGAAGAAGCCAUCAAGUUCCUGACGCCUCUCAAACACCUGGUCAAAGACAAGAUUGACACCCACCUACUGGCCUUUGAGAUCUACUUCAGGAAAGAAAAAUACCUGUUGAUGCUCCAGUCAGUGAAGAGAGCUUUGGCAAUCGACCCCGACCACCCGUGGCUGCACCAGUGUCUCGUACGCUUCUUUAAAGGAGUUUCAGAGAGCAAGGAGCUUCCAGAGGUGGUCAGGACGGUGCUGAAGCAGGAGAUCACCCGGCUGUUCGGAGACAGCAACGCUAAGAGCUUCAACCAGGCCUACCUCACCAAGCACUCCAACUCCAUACCACACCGACUGGCUGCUGCGAAGAUGAUGGUGUAUCUGGACUCCUCGAUGCAAACGAAAGCAGCAGAACUGGCCGGUGCACUGGAUGAGUCCCUGAACAACAGAACCAUACAGAUCUGCACAGAGGUCCUCGAGUGUCUUCGCAGUGGCGCCCUGGGCGACUGUAAGGAGCACGCCGAGUCGUACCGCGCCGAGUGCCACACUUUAUCCCUACACGUUAGCUUUCAUGCCCCCCGGAUACGAGGAGAACACCAAGAUCGCCAACGGAGACGUUUCCACGGAAACGGAGGAGCUAGCCAACGAGAUGUGAGCACGGCAGUACAGCAGCGGAUGAGAAAAGGAACUGGGCCGAGCACGGAGCCUUGUGGUACGCCUGCGGCAGCCAUUUUUGUAGAGCCGGACACAGGAAGCGAAAAAUGGGUGUUUCGUCCUCAGGCUCAGCUCAGCUCUGACCUGGCUCGGCUCGGCUCUCUCCCACAUGGGUGAAAAUCAGGACUCUGUGUGUGCGUGCGUGUGUGUGUGUUUGGAGGGCGUGUUUGUGUGCGUGCAUGUGUGCGGUUGUGUAUUUGUUGGAAACAGAAGGAGGAGGGAGGGGAAGAAGAAGAUAACAGAGUGUCCAUUUUACUUUUUUAAAACAGAGCUGGCAAUGCUGAACAUGAAAAUAAAGAAUCAGGAGAAACUGAGCGCUGGUUUUCCUCUGAUUAAUAACAAUAACGGCAACGGCAACCACUCGGGCGUGACUGCCAACACGUCGCAUACUCUGCUCCUCUUAUUUUAAAAUAAAAGCUAAUCUAAAUGAAUAUGGGACCCGGCUGUCGGUGAGGGACGGGGGAUGGGGGGACUGAGUGGAGCGGAUCUGAUCUCUGACAGGUCCACAGGAAGCCGAGCGGGAAGAGUUACCUGAAACGGACACUGAGGACGACCACAGGUGUUUCUGUAUCUGCUGUGACGCUCACUCAAGUAAAACGCCGGAGAAAGCCGCCUCGCACGUCGAACAGUUUCCCCCCUAAAAAAGUGCUUCCCUCGCAGUUCCAGGUCCAACAUGGGAACACGUAACCCUCUGUCCUCGUGGAGCACCUCGUAGCACAGAAUAAAAACUGUAAAGAUUGUGUGAUGCGUUCUGUUUCAAAUACACAGCUACUCUUAACUUUUCUAUAUAGCUCUGAGAGAGAUGGAUAGACCUAAGCAAUACCACAGACACUCUUACAGAUGAUAAUAAUUCCAGGACCUGGUUGAAGCGGUUACACGGAGCCUCCGGGCGGUCACUUUUAUUUAUGCAGCACAUUUAGUAACAGGAGUUUGGCCCCGGGUGCUUUCCAGACGAGGCAGAGUCACUUGUGUUGUUGCUCUUUAGAAAUGGUUUUAUCUGCAUGAUGUACAGAGACUCUUUCGAUGAAGGCGUUUACGAGCCUGUAGUGCUUUCAGAGGGAUCUUCUCUGCUAACUUUGAAAGUCUGAAGUCAACAUCCACUGCCCCCCUUUUGCCAAAAUAAGACCUGAACAAAGGCGAGUAAACGUACAAACAUCUGGAAGCUGUUUUACUUCUGUACCACCCCCACAUCUUGUUUUUCUUCCCCUUCUUCCUCUGAUUUUGGUUCUAAUGUGAAAGAUGAAAUCUGAGAUGGUGAUGUAUGAUAUCUCUGGAUUUUUGUAUUAAAACCAACAGGAAAAAAAUGCUUGUUAGCCUCCCUGAGCUGCCCGUGUUUUCUUUGCAGGGGUUAGGUAAAGCUUUUGCGAGGACCAGGUUUUACCUGCUGUUUCAAACAAACUAACCUUGAGUGGAAGUGGGUUACAAAGCCCUGUGACACCGAUGCGGGCUUGGUAACCAAACAUCAAGAAUGUGCAGCACCUGUUUUGUGUGAGCUGGAGGAAAAUCCACACGCCUGCAAAAAAUUUUGUUCUGUGUGAUUAUUUCAGGAGGACUGUUUCACCAAUAAAAUAAAAUAAAAUGGCUUUCACGAUUU